CGCGGGGGCUGCCGGGAGCGGCGCGGUGCCCGCUGGGAGCAGGUCACCAUGGCGGCCCGUGUCCUCUCGGCCUGUGUCCGCCGCCCGCUGUCCCGCCCGCCGCCCGCCCCGCGGCCCGCCGCGCUCGGCACCCUGCGGCCUCGUCACCCGCCGCUGGCGCUGCCGGGGCCCGGCGCGGGCGGGCGGGCGGCCCGGCGCUGCCCGCUGCCUCCCGCUCUCUUGCGGGUGCCGCGGGCGGCCUGGCCGCCGUGCCGCCGCUUUUCCGACCUGCCGCCCCUCACCCUGGCCGACAUCAAGGACCGCGUCCUCUACGUCCUCAAGCUGUACGACAAGAUCGACCCGGAGAAGCUCACCGCGGAGUCCCACUUCAUGAAGGACCUGGGUCUGGACAGUUUGGACCAAGUAGAAAUCAUCAUGGCUAUGGAGGACGAAUUUGGAUUUGAAAUUCCCGACGGAGAUGCAGAAAAGCUAAUGUGUCCGCAAGAGAUUGUAGAUUACAUCGCAGAUAAGAAGGAUGUUUAUGAAUAAAACCAGCUCUUCAGAGGUGAGAGAAGUCCCUACUGCUCAGCCUGGGCUGGUGUCAGUGGGUAUGAGUAUAAGCGCACACGCUGUACUGUUGCUGCUUUCAUCGGAAAGUUGUCCUUGGACGUUGUAUUUAAAGCUGUCUGAAUGUGUUGUCCUUCAAAAAGAAGAAAAAAAAAAAAAGGAAUAAAUAUACAAGACCAUUGUUGUGU